GGAAGAGACACCCGGAUUUACGCGGAAGGGCAAAAUACUCCCCGCCCAGACCUCAUUCAACCCCCGUGUACAGGGAGGCUUGCGUGAAAAGCACGAUAGCUCAUUGGCCAUGGGGCUAAUAUGGCGGUGUUAGGGGUAGAAAGGUGGGGCGAGAAUGUAUACGAUAUUUAGGGCUGGAUUCAUGUCCGUCGGGUAGUUGGUGGUGCGCCGUCGAUUGACGCAUUUUGUUCCCGGUAUUACUUCGGUUCUUGUAAUAUUAUCCCAACCCUCCGAGUUAAAACGCGCGUCGUCCCCGCACACUGAAAACCAGAAGUUGUAUGUACACACGCGGCAAAAUUUAACUUUUUUUUGCACGACAAGUAAAAAAAAAGGAGAAAAAAAAAGAAAAAAAAUUUCUCUCUCUACUCGGAACAUGGUUUUUUUAUUUCAAAAAAAGUGAAUUUGGAUAAUUUCUUGUGGUGUUUUUUUUUUUAUCAUCAUCGACUACUCGUAAUUUUUUGUCUGUGGUGUCAAUUGUCACGAGAACAAUUUUUUUUCUUUUUUUAAUAAUAAUAUUGUGAAAGAAAAAUUUAGAAACAAAAUAGUUUCUAUUUUUUUUUAAAAAAGGGGGGGCAACAAAAAUGGCACAGACUUACAAUCAAAAAAGGAACGUCUACAGUAUUGACCAAAUUUUAGGUCAUGGUAAAAGUGAAGAUCACGCUACAUCGUCGAACGAAGUUGGCGAUGGGGGUGAAACAGAACUCGGUCACUUGAGUGAUCAUCAAAUAAAUGAUUCCUUAAACGAUCCCUUGGAUUUAGAAUCUGACAGGCCGAGAAAAGUUCGCCGGUCACGAACCACCUUCACCACUUAUCAACUACAUCAAUUGGAACGAGCUUUCGAGAAAACACAGUAUCCGGAUGUAUUCACAAGGGAGGAACUUGCAAUGAGACUAGAUCUUUCCGAAGCCAGAGUUCAGGUCUGGUUUCAAAAUAGACGAGCGAAAUGGCGCAAAAGAGAAAAAGCACUUGGCAGAGACAGUAACUUCAUGCACGUGGAACAAGGUAGUGGAUGGUGUUCGUCGGACGCUGUUGGUGCGGGUACACAAGCAGCACCGCCCACAGGUGCAUUUCCCUGGUUUAUACCGGCAAUGUUCCCACCAAGUGUUUGGCCAAAUAGUACACCAAAAAUCCCUCCCCUACAUGCAUUUUUGUCGCAAUAUAUGUUGCCGCAAAAUCUCGCCACAUUAAGUUCAGUAUUACCAGUAAUGGGCCUGAGUCCACCGUCAUCAUUAAAUCACAAUAAUAUCGAUACACGUUCACUCAGUGCACAAUUACAUUCGCAUCCCCUUAAUCUUGGCGUUCAAAGUAUCGCGCAAAAUCUCAGCUCAAAACACGACAGGGACGAUGAUUCUGGCUCGUCAGACGAUGAAAUUAGGAGGCAGAGCGCCGAAAUUCUUCGAGUUAAGGCUGAGGAAGUAUUACGCAAGAACACUUUUCUAACAAUUCAGGCGUGAAAAAGAAGUACAUGAAAAAAAACUGAAAAAAAAGAAAAAAAAAUAUUAAUAAAAAAGAGGACAUACAUGCGCAGGGUUACCCACAAAAAAUUGGAUGAGA